AGAAGAAGAAGAAGAAGAAGAAGAAGAAGAAGACGAAGAAGAAGAAAAAAAAAAGGAUUAUGAACGUUUGUUUGUUGACCAGGCCUGAGGAGAACUGGUCGCUCAUGUACGAGAGCGAGAGGAACAAUGGGACCCACAUCGAGAUCAUUAAGGAAAGGGAUCGCGACGGUUGGAAAGAUGACGAUGAAGCCAGCCGGAGGUCCAGGGGCCCCGGUAGAGUAUCAGUGGAAGAGGUGACGUUUCACCCAGUGAUGCGUAAACGACGUGGACUGGCCAGCGCCAUUCUAGGCCUGACACUGGGCCUUCUCCUAGGUUUCCUCAUCCAAGGCUACAAGAUCUUGUCGUCCAGCGGUCAUCAACGGUUGAACGUUUACGCGUCCUCGAUAGCCGGAUCGCGGGCGUUGAUCAAACCAACGCCGCGAAACGUUCCUAAACUGGACGACGACGAGCAAAUAAACAGUUCGUCGACCAGCUUGGUUUUCGUCGGCGUGAUGACGGCUAGUAAAUACCUGGACUCGCGGGCCAAGGCGGUCUACGAGACCUGGGGUAAAGAGCUGCCAGGUAAAAUUGCCUUCUUCUCGUCCGAGAACUCGGUCGUUCCGGGAAAUUGCCCCGACCUGCCUUUAGUGCCAUUACCACGAGUCGACGACACCUAUCCGCCGCAGAAAAAAUCAUUCAUGAUGCUGCAGUACAUGUGGAACAAUUACGGGGAUCGUUUCGAGUGGUUUCUCAGGGCCGACGACGACGUCUACGUGAGGACGGAUCGUCUGGAGAAGCUGCUGCGAUCCGUCAACUCCAACAGAGCUAUGUACAUCGGCCAGGCGGGCAGAGGCAAUUCCGAGGAGUUUGGCUUGCUCUCGUUGGAGUACGACGAGAAUUUCUGCAUGGGAGGGCCGGGUGUUAUUCUCUCCAGAGAGACCUUGAAGAGGAUCGUGCCACACGUCAAGUAUUGCCUGAGACACUUGUACACCACCCACGAGGACGUCGAAUUGGGAAGAUGCGUUCAGAAGUACGCCGGCAUACCUUGUACCUGGAGCUACGAGAUGCAGUCUAUUCUAUAUCAUAACAGUAGCGGGGCACAGGCGUUCACCGGAAACUUGAAGAAAAAAGAAGUUCACCGUGCUAUUACUUUGCAUCCUGUUAAAAGUCCGCCGCACAUGUACAGGUUACACAAUUACAUGAGGGGCCUUCAGAUUCAAGAGCUGCAGCAAGAGAGGCUGAAUCUUCACAGGGACAUUCACGCCAUGGCGAAACAGUUGGGCCUCAGCGUGGAGAAUUUCAAGAAUCUCGAGAUUGCUGACGGCGUGCCGUUGUUCCCUGUCGGCCCACACUCCAAAGACCAUCCCGGCGACACGGAAAUAUUAGGCGUUUCGGCAGGACUUCGUUCGUUCAAGCCGGCAACCAGCGACGAAGUGAUACCCUGGGACUAUUUGUCGAGGUCUGAGUACAGCCUGGGCGACUCAAAUCCUAGGAGAAGAAUUCACAGCGACGUAAAGGAAGGUCUGGAGGACAUCACGAGAGAAGUGAUGACCUCUAUAAACGCCUGUUCACGGCAGCGUGGCCGGAUCGUCGAGGAAAGGUCGACUCUGUACGGAUACAGGCGAGUGGAUUCAUACGGCGCAGACACUAUACUGGAUCUUCUUUUGGUCUACCGGAAGUACAGGGGCCGAAAGGUUACGUUGCCCGUCAGAAGGCACGUGUACCUUCACCAACACUUCACAGGGCUGGAAAUACGAGAAACCGUGGACGGGGAGGAGGUGGACGAGGCACGAAAAGACCAACGAAACGACAAGUCCUUGCAGAGUAUAUUCCGCGGUGGAUUUUUGAACCUGAACUUCAACUUCGAGCAAGAGGACCCGGUUACUAGCAAGAUUAUUCACUUUGUUCUACCUUUGUCCGGGAAGUACGACGUUUUCCAGAGGUUCCUACGAAACUACGAGGAGAUCUGUCUGACGAGCGGGGAGAGGACCACGCUCUCGGUCGUUCUCUAUCGUCACAAAACCGAAGAUUCGUUCGACCGAACGACAGAAUCGAUAGAACGACUGAAACACAAGUACCGUAGCGCAAAUAUCGACGUCGUCCCUGUCUCCGGUACGUUCUCUCGAGCCAAGGCUCUGAAUCUCGGUGCGUCGAGAUUGAAAGACAACGAUUUGAUGUUCUUCGUCGACGUCGACAUCGCGUUUACCGAAUCGGCGCUCCACAGAAUUCGAGCCAAUACUCUUCUAGGUAGACAGAUAUAUUUCCCGGUGGUGUUUAGUCGGUACAAUCCAAAGAUAUCCGUUUAUGGGGACAACAGUGGAGGGAGCAUGUUCGUCGUAGACGAAACGUCGGGGUAUUGGAGGCAAUUUGGAUUCGGUAUCGUCUCCCUGUACAAACAGGAGUACAAAACCGUGGGUGGUUUCGAUCUGUCCAUCCAAGGCUGGGGUAAAGAAGACGUGGACUUCUACGAGAAGGUGGUGAAAUCGAAUGUGAAGGUCUUCAGAGCGGCUGACAGGGAUCUGAUUCACGUUUAUCACGACGUCGAGUGCAGUAAAGAUCUCCCAGAGAAACAGUGGUCCAUGUGCAUGGGCACCAAGGCCGACACUUUCGCCGGGACAGAGGCAUUAGCGAAAAUGAUCUACGAAAAUCCAGAGAUACUGAGAUUUGCCAAAGCGAGGAGGGCGAACUUGACGCGCGCAGCGGGUACCAAAGGCUGAAGAUGACUGCCUUAUCUCGGUAGUUAAGGUAGAAAUUGCGUUUGCAACGCGUUGGUGCCAGAACGUUUCAUAGAUAGGAUAUAUUUUGUACAUACGCGCUACGAUUAAAUGUACUUCGCGUGCACGUAAGUUAGCACCGAAUGAUAUUUAAACGAUAACUGACGGCGAAUUCACCAAAGUCUCUGUCCUAGUAGGAUUACCAUUAUGGCCAUGUUUGCUGGCUGCAUUGAUAAAACAGAUUCAUAAACUCGAGAUUAAUCGAACGAAAUAGAGAUGACGUAUUUAUGUAAUGAAAGUUGUUAAACUCUCAGUUCAUACUGGUGUAAGAGAUUAUGUUAUCUUCGUUGAUGUGUGUUACGUAUAGGAAUUGCCAUCGAUGCGGAGUGUCAAAGAAAAGAGGGAAGACUUUAUAUGUCCGUGACAUUUUCUUAUAUCGGCUAUUAAUUAAUCGGAGUUAACCUGGCAUUACUUAUGUUUAUAUAAAUGCGACGUAUCGCUUUGAUUGCUACUAGUAUAUAACACGCGCAGAAGUAUAAUAGUAUUUUUUUUAUAAAUUAAAAAAUUACCACACUGUAUCGUUUUCUUUUUUUUCUUUCUGUUUUCCAUCAAAUCGAUGUAUGAAAAUCGCUGCGUUCGAUUUCGUAAAUAAGUUAACUUAAGGUGAUCCAAGAUGUCAAUACUCUCAAGAAUGUAGCGUAACGUUACUCCCGAAACGAGUUUUGUAAGUACAUGUGAUAUUAUUGUGCCUUGUGUGUAGACUUACUAUUAUUUGUGAACACUUUACAUACUGCCCGUUUUAUUUGAUUAAUUGUGAAAAUGAAACAUCCUAGCGAGUUCUGCAACCUGCGCAAUCGUAUUACGCAAUUGGUUAAGAUGCUUCGUUUAAAUCGGACUCUAAAUAAAAUUUCUCUAUUAAACAAUCGUUGUGUCACGUUAAUCGCUGCACUUUGAUAAAGAAAAAUUCACCCUUAUCGAGUGUUUUUUCCCUCUUAUCAGUCGGAUGCCAUAUUUCCCAUUCCUCGAAAGAAACAUUUCCAAUACUGCCUAUAUUUUUCUCCAGAGUUAGAAAGUCUCUUCAGGUUCCUCCUUAUAAGGUUCCACUUCAAGGUCCCUUUAAGGAUCGUGACGAAAUCACAAUUCCAAUUAGUCGAAAAUUGCAAUUAACCGAU